AUGCCUGGCGCCUUGAAACCCAACCCCGCUGGCGAGAAGCCAGAGGGCCUGUCGAAGUAUAUUAAGCGCAUGAGGACGGUGCUGCGACGAGGGUCCAUCGCAAAGUCGGGAUCUGCUUCUGCGAACAUGGAAAAGCCCGAGGAUAAACAAGCGGGACACGCAACCCCCACUCCCACUACCGCUGCAAAACCACCUCCCGCAACCUCCCCCCAACCCAUCGUCAUCUCCCACUGGGGCGCCAUCCAGGAAGAGCGCACCCGCGCCCUCUUCGCCAAAUACGGCCUCAGCCUGGCCCACGACGACUGCCGCCCCGUCGACACCUCCGUCCAGCGCGUCGCGAAGCCCAUCCGCAUGCGCGUGCGCCGCAGCUGCCACCGCUGCCAGACGCCGUUCGGGCCCGCCAGAGUCUGCUCGAGCUGCCAGCACACCCGGUGCAAGAGCUGCCCGCGCCACCCGGCGCCUAAACCCGCGGAAGACACCGAGACCGCGCUGCGCAACAUCCUGGCGCAGAAGGGGAAGGGCAAACACCCGCACCAUCGCAACCCCACCGAAUACGUGCUCAAGAUCCCGUCGCGCACGGGAGGCCAGGAUCUGGUGCGGAAGCCGGUCGUGCAGCGCGUUCGCCGCACCUGUCAUCGCUGCGAGAAGGUGUUUAUGGCGGGCUCGAAGCAGUGUGAGGGGUGUGAGCAUGUGCGCUGCAAGAAGUGUCCGAGGGAUCCACCUAAGCCGGAAAAAUACCCCGACGGAUACCCCGGCGACGUCGAUCCGCCGCUCGAACCGCAGUCCUGGACGUGGAGAAAGCCGCGCCAGAGAGUCAGAUAUACCUGCCAUCGGUGCUCUACGCUGUAUAAGUCUGGCCAGGAGAACUGUGCGAACUGCGGACAGGAGCGAUGCGCGGAGACUAUACGUGAACCGCCUAAGAAAAUCAAACCGGAACCAGACCCUGAGAUUGUGCGCAAGGUCGAAGAGCGGCUGGCGAGUGUGAGGCUUGCGGAGUAG